GAUAAUAAUGGCGUUCAGUAAUCAAAAACUGUUGACAAUACUCAAGAUUGUGAUGUCUAUUCACAUGACUUUGGCCAACAUAUACUGUAUUUAUAUAAUAGUGGUGUGGGGUAUGGCGUUGGGUGGCGACGAAACUGGCCCAGAUGAAAACACUAUAGAUAAACAGAAAGUGACAAUCGGGUUGGUCAUCACUGUGAUUGGGCUAUUGGUGGGCAUUAUUGGUUUGGUGGGUGUUAUUAAGGAAAGCAAAUGUAUCGUGAUCAUGUUGCUGGUGGUGACCAUCGCGGCUAUUAUAGCCAACUUUGCCAUGGUGAUGUUUGUGUCAGCCGUGUGGGGUAUUGUGGUGGCUGUGGUUACGGCAGUGUAUUUGUACUUGAUCAUUCAGAAAGAAAAGGAGACUGACUUUACUGAUAGGCCUACCAGUCCUUGUAAUCAAAAAACAUUGACAACCCUUAAGAUAGCGAUGUCUGUACACAUCGUAUUGGCCAACAUUUUCUGUAUAUAUAAAAUAGUUGCGUUGGGUAUGGAGUUGGGCGGCAACGACACCGACCCUAAUGGAUAUACAAUUGAUAAACAGAAAGUGAUAAUCGGAUUGGUUCUGGCGGUGUUAGGGCUAUUGGUGGGCAUCAUUGGUCUGGUGGGUGUUAUUAAGGAAAACAAAUGGAUUGUGAUUGUUUUACUGGUAGUGACCAUCGUAGCUAUUAUAGGCAACUUUGUCACCAUGAUGUUUGUUAUGGCUAUAUGGAAUAUAGUAGUCGCUGCGGUAACGGCAGUUUAUUUGUACAUGAUCAUUCAGAAAAAUAAAGCGGUUGGCGCUACCAGGGCUUGA